AUGGCUGACCAGGAAUACAACGCCGAGGAGGCUGCCGAGUUGAAGAAGAAGAGACAGUUCCGCAAGUUUUCUUACCGCGGCAUCGAGCUCGAGCAACUCCUCGACCUCUCCUCCGAGGAACUCCGUGAUGUCGUUCACGCCCGUGCCCGCCGUCGUUUCAACCGCGGCUUGAAGCGCAAGCCCAUGGGUCUCAUCAAGAAGCUCCGCAAGUCCAAGCAGGAGGCCAAGCCCAACGAGAAGCCCGACCUCGUCAAGACACACCUCCGUGACAUGAUCGUCGUGCCUGAGAUGAUUGGCUCCGUCAUUGGUAUCUACUCUGGCAAGGAAUUCAACCAGGUUGAGAUUAAGCCUGAGAUGGUUGGCCACUACCUCGGAGAAUUCUCCAUCUCAUACAAACCCGUCAAGCACGGUAGACCCGGUAUUGGUGCCACCCACUCCUCCCGUUUCAUCCCCCUCAAGUAA